AUGAAGUUCCUUCUUGUCCUCGGCGCUCUUUCCCAUGUGGCCUCUGCCCACUACUUCUUCGACAAGGUCAUCUCCAACGGGGCUGCCACCGAAAAAUACGUUCGCAAGUCAACUCGACCAACCGCGUACAACCCCAUCAAGUUUUCCUCCAACCCCGCAGCAGACCUUCGAGACGGCUCGACCAUUGACGGGCCCGAUGCUCGCUGCAACCAGGGCGCCUUCACAAACGCCGCCAGCACAGAUGUCAUAACCGUCGCCGCGGGUUCCGAGGUUCGCGUCCAGCUCGGCGUCAGUGCCACCAUGGCGCACCCUGGCCCUGGCCUCGUGUACAUGUCGCGCGCGCCCGGCGACAACGUCAAGGCCUACGAUGGCUCCGGCGACUGGUUCAAGAUCUUCGAGGAAGGUGUCUGCAGCCAGAGCGCAGACUUCACCAAGGACGCCUGGUGCACCUGGGACAGGAACUGGCUCGCCGCUACCAUCCCCUCCGACACGCCCGACGGCGAGUACCUUGUCCGCUUCGAGCACAUCGGCAUCCAUCGCUCCCACGUGAACCAGCCCGAGCACUACGUCUCCUGCGUCCAGGUCAAGGUCACCGGGGGCGGCAGCGGGAGCCCGAGCCCUACGGUCAAGUUCCCCGGCGCCUACGCAUCCACCGACGACUACGCCAACUUCAGCAUCUACGGUGGAUACAAGGCUUUCAAGAUGCCUGGGCCCGCUGUUUGGGCAGGCGGCAACUCUGGUUCUGGUAAUUCGACCCCGGGGGCUGCUGAAACCACUGCUCCGGCUUCUUCUGUCGUUCCUGUCCCUGUCUCAUCUGCAACCCCUGUUCCGACUUCCGGUGAAGGAUGUGCCGCUAGGUUCGGGCAGUGCGGCGGGAAGUCGUUUGAUGGUGCCAACUGCUGCGCCACGGGCCAAUGCAAGGAGGUAAAUCAGUGGUAUUCCCAGUGCAUUUAG